AUGGCAAUUGCACUUGCGGAGGCCGACAAGUAUGAGAUACUUGAGAAGAUUGGUUGCGGUUCUUUUGGAAUCAUUCGCAAAGUCAAACGGAAACAAGAUGGCUUUAUACUCUGCCGCAAAGAGAUCAACUACAUCAAGAUGUCCCAGAAAGAGCGUGAACAACUGACCGCCGAAUUCAAUAUCCUGAGCUCAUUGAGGCACCCGAACAUCGUCGCUUAUUACCACCGAGAGCACCUCAAGGCAAGCCAAGACUUGUAUCUAUACAUGGAAUACUGCGGAGGCGGUGAUCUGAGCAUGGUCAUCAAGAAUCUGAAGAAGACAAAUAAAUAUGCAGACGAGGAGUUUGUCUGGCGGAUCUUGUCCCAGUUGGUGACGGCACUCUAUCGCUGUCAUUACGGUGUGGAUCCGGCCGAUGUUGGAUCCAACGUCCUCGGGCCAGCACCUAAGCCCUCAGGUCUAAAGGGAAAGCAGGCACAGAUGACCAUCCUGCAUCGUGACCUCAAACCAGAGAAUAUCUUCCUCGGCAGCGACAACUCAGUCAAGCUCGGUGACUUUGGUCUCUCCAAAGUGAUGGCUUCCCACGACUUCGCUUCCACCUACGUUGGUACCCCUUUCUACAUGUCUCCUGAGAUAUGUGCCGCGGAGAAAUACACCUUGCGCUCUGAUAUCUGGGCCGUUGGCUGUAUCAUGUACGAACUGUGCCAGAAGGAACCUCCGUUCAACGCCAGAACCCAUAUCCAAUUGAUCCAAAAGAUUCGUGAUGGCAAAUUUGCUUCUCUGCCUGACUACUACUCCCCCGAGCUGAAGAGCGUCAUUGCCAGCUGUUUGCGCGUGAACCCCGAUCAUCGCCCCGACACUGCCGCUUUGAUCAACCUCCCCAUCAUCCGUUUGAUGCGAAAGGAAAAGGAGGUCGUCGACCUGAGCCGGGCCCUGCGGAAGCGAGAAGAAUCCAAUCUUCAAAAGAACCGAGAGGUGGAACAGGCUUUCGCUAAGAUGGAAAAGGAGAAGCAGCAGAUUAAGUCUGAGCUUGAGAACACACUGCGCCGGGAGUGGGAGGUGAAGGCGCGUCUAGAGAUCGACCGCCAGGUGCAGAACGAGCUGGAAAGACUUCGCAAGAGAUUCGAGUCUGAGGUGCAAGAUCGGGUUGCCUUGGAGGUCGAAAAGCUCAAAAAGAAUGGCAACUUCAGGGACGAGCCCGCCUUCCGCUCCAGUCGCUCCAGCCGUUCCAGUCGACGAGGCUCGCAGUCAUCCGUCAGUAACAACGAUGAUACGGAUCUCCCUUCGAGUACAGACAUCACCCAGCUGUCUAUGGAAUCGCCUGUGGCUAGUAAGCCUACCAAGAAGGAGACUCGGACACCUUUUAACCGCUCCAAAACGGUAGUUGAGUCACCUGUUGAUGUACAGAUGGCUGAGCCAUCUCCGAUUUCGAUUGCGUCUCUCUCGCUGUCGCCCCGUCGCACUUCGGCGACACACUCUGGCAAGAACAUUUUUGCGGAGGCUGAACGACACCGAGCCAAGUGGGAGCCCACGCUUGCCUACUCGGACGACGAAGAUGACACGCCCGACCUGCCCUCGCCAACUCGGCCUAAGGUCAAACCCGAUCCUUUCAAGGCCCCAUCUCGGCCUCUCCUCCGUCAGAAUACUGCCGCGCUUAUGCAGAAACUGAGCACUCAGCCUCCUCUUUUCCCUACGAAUGGCUCCAGACUACCUCAGGCAUCAGGUCAGUCCGAGGGCCGCCACGGCGAACAGAAGUCCAGGUCGCCCCAUCGACGCUUGUCAAAGAUUGCAUCAUCAGCGAACCUUGCUGCCGAUGCCGGAUCGCCAACCCGUAAGACGGGCACGAAGCAACCCCCUUCUAAAGUCAACGGCGGUGGCGAGGAGAUGUUCAAAGCCGUCAUGCAACGCAACAUGGGCGGCAGAACCCUGGUCGAGCUUGCUCAAGCACGGGCCGGUGGACGGCCUAUGGAUGAAGUCAAGCGAUCCGCCAGCGAUACCAGGACUUCUAACAGUAUGAAGUCUUCGGUCGAGCGUGAUCCUCCUGCUGUAUGGGAUCCCGAAAGAGACGAAAUGCCCAGUCCGUUCCUGGCUCGUGGCCGCAAGGUUAUCCGCAACUUGAGGUAA